ACAAGAAAUCUCACCAGAAUGAUUAAUUUUAAACGAAGAAAUAGCAAGCAAGGAGAAUUGCACAAAGGAAAUAAAUGGGUCAAAUUUCGUCGGAAAAAAGAAAAUUUUGGGAGAAAAAAUAAACGUCAAUUCACUGUUCUCACCUCACAAUCUGUCCCAUCAUUACCUACGUUACCACCCCUACCCACGUUACCACCCUUGCCCUCUCUUCCCAGCCUUCCCUCGCUUCCGCCCAUUCAAACUUGGCAAAGUACUCUCUCCCAACCUCUCACAGCUACAAACCCUCCCACAUUACAAACUAUUUUUAUCACUCAAACUCUGUCUGCGACGUCAAUACUAGAAAAUUCAGUUUCAAAUCCAUAUCCGACUAGUCAAUAUUAUCCUGGUGAUCCUACAGCUGCUAAAGGUUCUCCAACACAAACUAAUAAUCAGACGGUGACUUUAACGGGAACUUUUAAAUCAAGCGAAACCAACAACUUAUCAAGCACGAUAUGA